AUGAUAAGAAUAAACCAAGAGAACUAUAUGUGAGUACUCCGAAUUAAACCACGCUGUGAUUAGUGUCGGUUAUGAUUAUCUCAUGCAGAUUAAGCUGGAUUACCUAGCAAGGACAAGACAAACAUCGGGAUACUGAAUUUAUUGUUUCUUUACCCGUAAUAUGAAGACAGUACCUUGUUUGACUAUCUUUUAAAGUUGAGCACAUCCCUUUCAUUUCGGUUUAGCUUCAGUCUGUCCCUGCUGAUGUCAGUGAUUCAAAGUUUUUUUUGUCUGCAGGGUCUCCACAGUUCAGGAAGGCUGUCAAAGUGGGAUAUCUGUUGACCUCUUCCUUCAUGUUUCACUUAUACCAGCAGUAAGAUCUCUGUCUGCUUGUCCCCGGAUUAUGAAUAUAUGAGAGUGAGCUGAGAUCACAGCAAGAGCAGCCAACAGUCUUACCAGCCUCACAUAAUUUACAAGAGAUAAGCUUUUUAUGGUGUGUUGUCUUGUAAAAAACAAAACAAAGAAACCAUUGAUUAAAAUGUUUCUUUUUUUUAGCUAUAUUUUAAAGAUAGAUAAACUGCUUUUAAAAUAAGUGGCUGUGUUUGUUGUUUCUGUGAGAGGCUUUUGGAUGAUCAUAAAACAGAAUGGAAUCGUCACCGUAUCCUUGUAUGACCUUCUUAAGCAAACAAGGCAGAUUUUUUUACACCUUUCACUAGUGACAAUGGGUAGGUCUCAGAUGGGGUGAGUCAUAGCAUGCUGAACAAACAGACUUUGUUGACAUUUUCUGCAGCGAGCAGUGUUACGUUUGACGGUGUAUACCAAGGUUUUUUUUCUAUCCAAGAGUCUAUCAAUUCAAGUUUUAAAGUUUACACCACCACGCUCCUCUUCUUUAUCUUCCAUCCAGUGAAUUUUGUGAGGCCACUCACUAAAUCCAAAAAUGUGUAUGCUAGUUUGUCUGCUGUGUGCUCCUGUAGAAACACGACAGUGUAACAUGGUAGUCUCCUAUGUAUGAGACCUGUUCCUCUAUGAAGAUAUAAAGUUUUGUUCCUAUAUACACUAAGUUAAACAUAAUUAUUAAUUGUAGAAUCCAUUUUUAUAGAGCAUGUCCUGACGAACGCAGCUAAAUACUGCACACUGCACCUUUAACAACAUUAUAACUCUGCCUGGUUGUGAGGAAGUUCAUAAAAAACUCAUUUUUGUAUCAUUAGAUUUAAGUUCGAAUUUUCAUUAAUGUAGAAAAUUACUUAUAAAUACUCACAACAUACAAAAGCAGGACUUGAUUAACAAUUACAUGUGUCUACAAUACAUCCAUAACAAACUCAGAAUUUUCUGUCUGUAAAUAAAGGGUCAGACAAAAAUACAUCACAACAACAACAACAAUACAUUUUUUUCCAUUAAGGUAUAAUAAAAAAAUUGAUCAUAUCUUGACAAGGCGUUAUACUCAAUGCUGUUACGCUUUAAAAACUUUGCUCCAAGCUGUUAAGAAUGCUUUUAAUCAUUUAUAAAAGUUUCUAUGAAAGCUUGUUGAUGCAUUUUUAAGCCUUUAUAAAGGUGCUUGUGAUGCACAAUUAGAGGUGGAUUAAAUAAAGUUUUACUGCGAUGUCUUUACUUUAGAGUUGCUACUUCAAGGAUACAGGAAAACCAAACUAUGUGCAACACAGUUCAGCCAGCAAAUUUAACACUUGUACAUGCACAGUGCGUCUGUGCUAUGAAAACUACACCAAGUGCAUGCAAAGAAACAAGCAAUGUGGUCACUUUUCUUGAUUUGUUCAAAGUCUGUCAGAUGAGUUCUGCACAAUAAGCAGCAAAUUUUUGAGAGUGAAGAUUUCAAUUUUGGUUGUAGAUGCUAGAAAUGGGGCUUCACUAGUUAUCAAAUUUUCAUAGUCUUCAGAACAGGCUUAACAUGAUUCAACAGGCACAGGAUUUGUUUCAAAAUGUCCUUUGUUUGCUGAUUCAAUCUCCCUCAUGAUUGAUGUUGUUAUAAUAUGUCAAUUUCUUGUCUAGGUGCUCAUCACAGGGGUGCUCUCUGUCAUGCAGAAAAGAGCUCAGAGGCUGGCUGUCGAUCGCAGGCUGCCCUUCCUGAAGGGGCGCUUUGCUAUUGUAGUGUAAGUGAGCAACAGCUAAAAAUGUCAAAGCAAAAACCACACGAAGUUUCUGUUUGCAUUUCAAAACUACAAGGUCAUUGAGGUUUUUUUUAAUAUAAAUAUCUGUUGUCAUUUCUUUGUCCAGGCCUUUUGAUACUAUUGGCAGCCUCAGUAAUCGUUGGUCUUAUGGGUUUGCAUUUGGUGCUGUUUCAUCCAGUGUCCUUCUGCUGUUUUCCGAACGUUACAUCCCUUUCAUUGUCCCCAACUGGGCCAAAGGUACUCCGCUUUUUAAUCAUUGAGGCUCCAGAUAAUGUUUGUUAACAAAGCAGGUGCAUGGGAAUAAAUCUGAUUAUGUGUAUUCUGAUAUUUCUCCUCAGCGAUAGUGUUUCUGAUUGGAGCUCUAGAGAUAGGUCUGGUCUAUUUCCCUUUCUUUGCCUGUCUGUCAACACCUUUCAGAACAGCUGGAGCAGUGCUUGGAAUACUCUACUCUCUGUCCUGGCAAGUAUUCAUUCAUAUCAAAUGUUCAAAUCCACACAAACACUGUAAGUGUAAAAAUGUGUAUCAGUUCAUCGAAAAGACUUCAAAAAUAAAUACAUGUUUGUUUGUUGUUUGUAGGAUCACUGUCACAGUCUGGGAUACUUUUACUUGUCCCAGUGGUCCGGUAGGUGAAUACUCAGAAUACCAUGCAAGCUGGUGUGGGUGUUAAAUGCCUGUUGGCCGCAUUCAGAAAAGUCAUUGCUUUUGUCUUUGUGUGUUUGAUUUAAAGAUUUUGGGCAAAUACCAAAAGAUUAUCUCCCAGUGGCCGUGCAUCCUCUCCCUCGUCUUCCUCUUAGGACGGUUUAUUUAUAUGCUAGUUAAGGAAAUCCGAAUGAACCUGCAAUUGGAACAAGAGGUCAGCACACACCCAAGCACUGAAAUGAUAUUCGGAGUGUAAAACUGUUGCAUUGUUCAUAUUUUUAAUCUGCUACCAGGAUCCGGAGGAGCUGAUAGGCCAACAUCAUAUUCAGCAUGUGAAGAGCCUGCUGAGAAAAACACCUACACACAGGUAAAGUACCCACAAAUAUCUGCACUCAUGUUUUACUGCAGCAUAAUGAUCACAUCCACAAUUUCUUUUGCAGAGACAAGAAAUAGAAAUAGAAAUAUAUCUGAAAAGAAAUAGUCAAUGUAACAAAGUUUUUACCUGUAAAAUCUGAUCUAUUUGUUUGUAAAGAUACAUAGUUGUAGUGUCAAGCAGUGUUGGUUCAUAUAAUAAAUAUCUGUAAUGUCACACUGACGAUACUAUUCAUUGGACAUUCCCUGUUUCUAACAGUACAAAAUUACAGACAGCACUGACAGCAACAAAAAACCCACAAAUUCAGGUACACAAACAGUUUUUCUAACCAUCCUCUCUGUGUGCUCCAGUGAGCCCCUCAGCUGGUUCCAGAGAAGAGUCUAUGAAUGGGACCCCAACUUUAAGUUCCCCAGCAGGAUGAUCGGCACCAUUAUUAUAUCUCUCAUAGGUCUUUACACGGUACAGAAAGACAGUGUUUCAACAAUCAACUGCUCUGUGCACCUGUUUGAGGUCUUACAGUGUUUUUUUUUUUUUCUUUGUAGAUGACCCUGGCAGACUACAGCCUCAGUAAUGUGGCUUUUGAUGAAGCAGAGGGAUAUAAGAAUACAUUAAAGCACUUGGUUAAUUCAUGUAACCAGACUGAAGCUCUAGGAGCCAUGAUUCCACAGUUGGAAGAAUUCAUUGACGUGGCGAGAAGUGAGUAGAUGUGAAUUACAGAGAAUGAAAAUUUACAGCUCAACUUAAAGUAAAAAAAACAGCCAUUCAUUACAUCAAGUUGUAUUUUAUUGUUGUUUUUUAUUGUGUAUUAUUUCAGAGUCUUGGCUAGCCACCACUAUCUUUGCAAGUCUCAACUCAGUGGCUUACACCUGCCAUGUAUUGGCAUGUUACAGGUAAGACCCUUAAGACACCAGAGAUACUCAAAAGACACAAAGUAUGGAUGUGGACAGGAAAUAUAAAUAUAAAGUAAGAUUAAUAUUACUCUCUAGCCUUACAUAAAACUGCAUCCAGCGAGACACAAUGUUUGAUGAUACAGGAAACACUUGAAGAGACUGUGGAAAGGGCAGAAGAGUUUUCUUCCUGAGAAGUUUCGAAACCCCAAAUCCGCCGUCAGUGUAGUGAGUACAACACACACAAACAGAAACACACACACCCAAAUACAGGAGGUGGAAAAAACUUUCAAGGCAGAUUAUAUUUUAGUUUGUUGCAUGAACUUUUACUCACCAGACUUGAUGAAUUGUCAAACAAGUUUACCUUUUACAUUUUACAGGCUUCCAUCGCAAGAUACUCUGGUUGGCAAAUAGCGUUCACACUGUGGGGUAAGUUUCCAUCAUCACAGGGUUGGUACAAACAUCAAAUAUAUGCUUAGAAAACUAAAAACUACAGAGAGAUGGGUUGUCUGUGUUUUUUCUUCAGGCUACCUGAUCGUUCAUUUUGUCCACUUCCUGUUUGCCCUGCUGAUUGUCUAUGUGCUUGUUCUUCCUAUACAACAUGGACAAGUACUGAGUAUGCUCAAAAACCUUGGAAUUAUAAUGUAAUGCCAUUUUGGUUGCAGAUAUAGUCAUAUCUAUCAGAGUUUGAAGCAGAGAUACAGACUGGUUGAUUUCUUUUGUUGAUUCUCUCAGACUGACCAUUGUCCUGGUGAUCGCUCUGGUGAUUCUCCAGAUUGUUCUGGUGCAAAUCUUCUUCCUCCAGGACAAAAUGUCUCCAACUGAUAAAGACAAACCUCUGGCUCUCAACAACAGGUGGGUUCUUGGUACACAAUCAAAUUUAUACUGAUGUUUUUCAAUGAGCCACAAAAGUUAAAAAGGCCAUCAGUAUGUGGACUGACAUUUUCCUCACAGUGGUUUGUUUUACCUGUAACAGCAGUUGAGGGGUAGGUGAUAGACAAAAUACAUUUCAACACACUACUGAGAAAGCCUUUUUUCAUUUUCUGAGGUGGAGAUGUGUGGCAAGAGAUAUAUCUGAUAGUUUACAAAAGCAGGAUUAGAUUUUUCAUUAAAAAUCCUUGCUAAAGUAAGGGUGAUGCUUUGGUCACUGGGGGUGCCAAGAUCAACACAAACCAGAGUUUCUCACGGGGCUUUAAUACUCACAUUGUUUUCAUUAAAAAAAAGAGAGAAACCUGAACUUGUUUGUAUUUUUUCUUCCUCUUAGGAAGGCCUUCCACUGCUUCAACUACUUCUUCUUCUUCUACAACGUGGUGAUGGGGAUCAGUAACUGCAUACUGAGGCUGCUUUCUAGCAUAGUGGUGGGAACAUGGCUUGUGUCCCGCAUAGAUCGGACUAUUAUGCAAAGAGGAUACGAAAACAUGGAUGCUGGUGAGUUGAAUUUCUGCUGCGAGCUGCAGUCAACAAAACUGAGAUAUUCCUAAAAAUCAAGAAAGACUUAUCUCCAGUUUAACAAACCAUAAAACACCAAAUCUGACAGUUUGUUUCGAUCGAACUAUGUUGUAGAAGACAAGUAACAGUGAGAUAUUAUUCUAUAAUUUCUAUUGUGUUGGUAAAAGAAUGAUAAAAAAUUCAAAUAUUAGAUAUUAAAAUAUAUAGAGAAUAUUUAAAAAGAUAAGGAAGACUGUCAUUCAUCCUCUCAGAGUUUUGUGGUGCAGCUGUUCCCCAGCUCACCUGCUUGUCUUUUCAGGAGAUGGCAGUAUUGUACAGAGCUAUAGGAGACUAGUGUCGAACCUUUGGAGGUUUAAGAUAAGCAUGUCUUGUCCUUUUUAAAAUGCAUGGAUCAAUACAUACAAUAUCUGAAUACUGCAUUUAACUAGCUAAUUUUGAUAUUACAAAAACAUAAAAAGAGGAAGCUUGUGUGAUUUUUUGAAAUGUGAAAUAUCAGGGCAAUAAAACAGCCAUGAUUUUAGCUGUGUUUUUACAUCAUGGUUGUUUUCACAAGUGUAAAUGCUGUCCUAAUUUAAUACAGAGUAUGUGGGUUUAAAUACUUUUCUUUCCAAUAUUCCAGGCUACACUACCUGGGUUGGGAUGAUCUUUGCUGACCACUAUCAUAAUAAUCCAGUCAUGGUGUGUUUCUGCCAGCUGCUUGUCAACAACACACUGGAGAAAAACACAGCAUCUUUAUACUCCACAUUCAGCAACACGUCAUCUGGUCAGUGCUGUUUGUUUGUGUCAUGUCUGCUGUUUUAAUCUGUCUGCUGUUUAAGAUCCACCAUCCUUCUGGCCAAACAAAUAUCCUCUUUUGAAUAACUUCAUCUUAUUUAUCCUAUUUCAAUGUUUCCCUACAAGUUCCAGUUACUAUCAAAAACUUUGUGAAUUUUUUUUCACAGGGUCCUUUAUAAAAAGUGCAGCCAGGAGGCGCUGGAUGCUGUCAUAUACUCUAUUGAGGAACCCUCAUCUGAUCCUGCUUAGAAAGCACCACCUCUGCACAUCACAGACAUCUCCUCUUCAGUCAGAGACAAUUCUCCAUGCUUGGGUCAUGGCAUCUCAAACACAGAGCCGCCAAGCAGAGUCCCAGUCACUCCCAGAAAUCAAAGUCAUACCUGCAGAAGACUGCUAA